GGCGAGUUGCAACAUCUGCGAGCAAAGUCUUUUUUCAGUCUGGUCCUGGGCUCUGCGGCGUGCCUGGCUCUUCUUCCCUCUCUUCUUUGGACAGACUGUGGACAGGAAUCUCCGCAGCACAGUGGGAAAGCGUGGCUGCCCAGCGUCCCGACUCAUGUGAGAGCUGCCCGGGGAAGAGGCCACGACAAUGGGGGAUGUGAAGCUGGCUGCCUCGGCACACGUUUCUAAAGCCUCCCUCAGUGUGGAUCCCUCGAGAGUCGGCUCCAUGCCCCUGACCGAGGCCCCUGCUUUCAUUCUGCCUCCUCGGAACCUCUGUAUCAGAGAAGGAGCCACCGCCAAGUUUGAAGGGAGGGUCCGGGGUUACCCAGAGCCCCAGGUGACGUGGCACAGAAAUGGGCAGCCCAUCAACAGUGGGGGCCGCUUCCUGCUGGACUGUGGUAUCCGCGGGAGUUUCAGCCUUGUGAUUCAUGCCGUCCGGGAGGAGGACAAGGGAAAGUACACCUGUGAAGCCACCAAUGGUAGCGGUGCCCGCCAGGUGACAGUGGAGUUGACGGUAGAAGGGGGCUUUGUGAAGAGGCACGGUCAGCCUGUUUCCAAAACCUUGGGAUUCACAUCCCCCACAGUGGAGACCCGUCCUAGCAUCUGGGGAGAGUGCCCACCAAAGUUUGCUACCAAGCUGGGCCGUGCGGUGGUCAGAGAAGGACAGAUGGGGCGAUUCUCCUGCAAGAUCACUGGCCGGCCCCAACCACAGGUCACCUGGCUCAAGGGAGAUGCUCCCCUGCAGCCCAGUGCCCGAGUGUCUAUGUCUGAGAAGAAUGGGAUGCAGGUCCUGGAGAUCCAGGAGGUGAGCCAAGACGACGUGGGAGUAUACACCUGCUUGGUGGUGAACGGGUCUGGGAAGGCCUCCAUGUCCGCCGAGCUCUCCAUCCAAGGUUUGGACAAUGCCAAUAGGUCAGCGUUGAGGGGGACAAAGGCAGCCAGUUCAGAUAUCAGGAAGGAAGUGGCCAAUGGAGUCACACCAGGGCCCAAACUGGACAGCCUGGGAGCUGCCGCUGAAAGUAAGAACUGCUCCAGCGCCCAGAGAGGCGACCCCCCGUCCUGGGCCCCAAACAGCCAGCCUCCGCCCCUGAGGGAGCCCAAGCUGGAACUGCCCGGGGACUCGCCCAGGAAGGCCCUGAGGACCCCCAUCCUGCAGAAGACCUCCAGCACCAUCACCCUGCAGGCCACCAGGGUCCAGCCGGAGCCCAGGGCACCGGACCCCGGUGCUCUCCUGCCUUCCGGAGAGGCGAGAGCGAGGCCAGCCGCUCCCCCUGCAGCCACGCUCCCCACCAGGCAGUCUGUCCUGGGAACCCAAGACAUUGUGAACAAGGUCGCUUCCAGGAAAAUCCCCACGGAGAGCCGAAGGGACUCAACAUCCCCCACAUUCGACAGCAAGCCCCAAAGCCAGGAAGUCCGUGAAGGUCAAAUAGUCAAGUUCAGGUGUGAGGUUUCAGGGAUCCCAAAGCCCCAAGUGGCCUGGUUCCUGGAAGGUGUCCCCGUGAGGAGACGAGAAGGCACCGUUGAGAUCUACGAAGAUGGUGGAUCCCAUUACCUCUGCCUGCUGAGAGCCCGGGCCAGGGACAGCGGGCGCUACAGCUGCGUAGCCUCCAACAUCCGAGGCCAGGUGUCCUGUGACUGGACCCUCCUGGUGAAAAGACCGGCCUUGAUGGAGGCGCCCCCCUCCUUCUCCAGCGUCCUGAAGGACUGCACCGUCGUCGAGGGCCAGGACUUUGUGCUCCAGUGCUCGGUGCAGGGGACCCCAGUGCCCCAAAUCACUUGGCUGCUAAAUGAGCAGCCCAUCCAGUACGCGCACUCCACCUGUGAGGCUGGCGUGGCUGAGCUCCACAUCCAGGACGCCCUGCCAGAGGACCAUGGCACCUACACCUGCCUGGCUGAGAACCCCUUGGGGCAAGCGUCCUGCAGCGCCCGGGUCACUGUCCAUGAAAAGAAGAGUGACAGGAAGAGUGAGUACCUUCUGCCCACGGCCCCCAGCAAGCCCGCUGCGCCCCGUUUCCUGCAAGGCCUCUCUGACCUCAAGGUCAUGGAUGGAAGCCAGGUCACCAUGACAGUCCAGGUGUCAGGGAACCCACCCCCUGAGGUCAUCUGGCUUCACAACGGGAACGAGAUCCAGGAGUCGGAGGACUUCCACUUCGAACAGAGGGGCACUCGGCACAGCCUGUGCAUCCAGGAGGUGUUCCCGGAGGACACGGGCACUUACACCUGCGAGGCCUGGAACAGCGCCGGGGAGGUUCGCACCCAGGCUGUGCUCACCGUGCAAGAGCCCCAGGAUGGCACCCAGCCCUGGUUCAUCAGCAAGCCUCGCUCGGUGACAGCCUCCCUGGGCCAGAGCGUCCUCAUCUCCUGUGCCAUCGCCGGCGACCCCUUCCCCACCGUGCACUGGCUCCGAGACGGCAAGGCCCUCUCCAAAGACGCCGGCCACUUCGAGGUGCUGCAGAACGAGGACGUGUUCACCCUGGUCCUGAAGAAUGUGCAGCCCUGGCAUGCCGGCCAGUAUGAAAUCCUGCUCAAGAACCGGGUUGGCGAAUGCAGUUGCCAAGUGUCACUGAUGCUACAGAGCAGCCCUACCCGAGCCCCCCUGCGGGGGAGGGAGCCUGCCAGCUGUGAGGGCCUCUGUGGCCGAGGAGUUGGUGCUGAUGGUGGUGAUGGUGACUGCUAUGGGACCCUGAGGCCUAGCUGGCCGGCGAGAGGGCAGGGUUGGCCUGAGGAGGAGGACGGUGAAGGCGUGCGGGGGUUACUGAAGAGGCGUGUGGAGACCCGGCAGCACACGGAGGAGGCCAUCCGCCAGCAGGAGGUGGAGCAGCUGGACUUCCGCGACCUCCUGGGGAAGAAGGUGAGCACCAAGACUGUGUCGGAGGAAGACCUGAAGGAGAUCCCAGCCGAGCAGAUGGAUUUCCGCGCCAACCUGCAGCGGCAAGUGAAGCCCAAGACCGUGUCCGAGGAAGAGAGGAAGGUGCACAGUCCCCAGCAGGUUGACUUCCGCUCUGUCUUGGCCAAGAAAGGGACUCCCAAGACCCCAGUGCCUGAGAAGGCACCCCCUGCAAAACCUGCCACCCCGGAUUUCCGCUCAGUGCUGGGCAGCAAGAAAAAAUUACCAGCAGAGAAUGGGAGCAGCAGUGCUGAGGCCUUGAAUGCCAAAGUGGCAGAAAGUCCCAAGGCGGUGGGCAAUGUCCAGCCUUCGGGGCCCCUGAAACCUGUGGGCAAUGCCAAACCGGCUGAGACCCCCAAACCCUUGGGCAACGCCAAGCCAGCCGAAACCCCGAAACCCCUAGGCAAUGCCAAGCCUGCUGAGACCCUGAAACCUACGAGCAAUGCCAAGCCUGUUGAAACCCCCAAACCCUUGGACAAUACCAAGCCAGCUGAGAGCCCAAAACCAGCUGGGAAAGAAGAACUCAAGAAGGAGGUUAAGAAUGAUGUGAACUGCAAGAGGGGGCCUUCAGGAGGCACAGAUAACGAGCAAAGAUCAGAGAGCCAAGGGACAGCCCCGACCUUCACGGAGAAGCUGCGGGAUGUCCAUGUGGCAGAGGGCGAGAAGCUGCUGCUCCAGUGCCAGGUGUCCUCUGACCCCCCGGCCACCGUCACCUGGACGCUGAAUGGAAAGACACUCAAGACUACCAAGUUCAUCAUCCUCUCCCAAGAAGGCUCCCUCUGCUCCGUCUCCAUUGAGAAGGCACUGCCAGAGGACAGAGGCCUAUACAAGUGUGUAGCCAAGAAUGGCGCCGGCCAGGCUGAGUGCUCCUGCCAAGUCACGGUGGACGAUGCCCCCGCCAGUGAGAGCGCCAAGGCCCCUGAGAUGAAAGCCCGGAGGCCCAGGAGCUCUCUUCCUCCUGUGCUGGGAACAGAGGGUGAUGCAACUGUGAAAAAGAAACCUGCCCCCAAGACACCUCUAAAAGCAGCCAUGCCCCCCCAGAUCAUCCAGUUUCCGGAGGACCAAAAGGUGCGCGCAGGAGAGUCUGUGGAGCUGUUCGGUAAAGUGACAGGCACCCAGCCCAUCACCUGCACCUGGAUGAAGUUCCGAAAGCAGAUCCAGGAGAGUGAGCACAUCAAGGUGGAGAACAGCGAGAAUGGCAGCAAGCUCACCAUCCUGGCCGCCCGCCAGGAGCACUGCGGCUGCUACACGCUGCUGGUGGAGAACAAGCUGGGCAGCAGGCAGGCCCAGGUCAACCUAACCGUGGUCGACAAGCCAGACCCCCCAGCUGGCACGCCUUGCGCCUCUGAUAUUCGGAGCUCCUCGCUGACCCUGUCCUGGUAUGGCUCCUCGUACGAUGGGGGCAGUGCUGUGCAGUCCUACAGUGUCGAGAUCUGGGACUCGGUGGACAAGACGUGGAAGGAACUAGCCACGUGCCGCAGCACCUCGUUUAACGUCCAGGACCUGCUGCCUGACCGAGACUAUAAGUUCCGCGUGCGCGCCAUCAAUGUGUACGGAACCAGCGAGCCGAGCCAGGAGUCUGAACUCACAGCGGUGGGAGAGAAACCUGAGGAGCCGAAGGAUGAAGUGGAGGUGUCCGAUGAUGAUGAGAAGGAGGCUGAAGUCGAUUACCGGACGGUGACAGUCAAUACCGAACAAAAAGUGUCUGACUUCUACAACAUCGAAGAGAGACUAGGAUCUGGGAAGUUCGGACAGGUCUUUCGACUUGUAGAAAAGAAAACUGGAAAAAUCUGGGCAGGGAAAUUCUUCAAAGCAUAUUCGGCAAAAGAGAAAGAGAGCAUCCGGGAGGAGAUCAGCAUCAUGAACUGCCUCCACCACCCCAAGCUGGUCCAGUGUGUGGACGCCUUCGAAGAAAAGGCCAACAUCGUCAUGGUCCUAGAGAUCGUGUCAGGGGGUGAGUUGUUCGAGCGCAUCAUCGAUGAGGACUUCGAGUUGACGGAGCGAGAGUGCAUCCAGUACAUGAGGCAGAUCUCGGAGGGGGUGGAGUACAUCCACAAGCAGGGCAUCGUCCACCUGGACCUCAAGCCCGAGAACAUCAUGUGUGUCAACAAGACAGGCACCAAGAUCAAACUCAUCGACUUCGGUCUGGCCAGAAGGCUGGAGAAUGCGGGGUCUCUGAAGGUCCUCUUUGGCACCCCGGAGUUUGUGGCACCUGAAGUGAUCAACUAUGAGCCCAUUGGCUACGCAACAGACAUGUGGAGCAUUGGGGUCAUCUGCUACAUCCUGGUCAGUGGACUUUCCCCCUUCAUGGGUGACAACGAUAACGAAACCUUGGCCAACGUGACCUCAGCCACCUGGGACUUCGACGACGAGGCCUUCGAUGAGAUCUCCGAUGACGCCAAGGAUUUUAUCAGCAGCUUGCUGAAGAAGGAUAUGAAAAACCGCCUGGACUGCACCCAGUGCCUUCAGCAUCCGUGGCUAAUGAAGGACACCAAGACCAUGGAGGCCAAGAAACUCUCCAAGGACCGGAUGAAGAAGUACAUGGCCAGAAGGAAAUGGCAGAAAACGGGCAAUGCUGUGAGAGCCAUUGGAAGACUGUCCUCUAUGGCAAUGAUCUCAGGGCUCAGUGGCAGGAAGUCCUCAACAGGAUCACCAACCAGCCCUCUCAACGCAGAAAAACUAGAAUCGGAAGGAGAUGUCGCCCAAGCUUUCCUGGAGGCUGUUGCUGAGGAAAAGCCCCAUGUAAAACCCUAUUUCUCUAAGACCAUUCGUGAUUUAGAAGUGGUGGAGGGAAGUGCUGCUAGAUUUGACUGCAAGAUUGAAGGAUACCCAGACCCUGAGGUCGUCUGGUUCAAAGACGACCAGUCCAUCAGGGAGUCCCGCCACUUCCAGAUAGACUACGAUGAGGAUGGGAACUGCUCUUUAAUCAUUAGCGAUGUGUGCGGGGAUGACGAUGCCAAGUACACCUGCAAGGCUGUCAACAGUCUCGGAGAAGCCACCUGCACAGCGGAACUCAUUGUGGAAACCAUGGAGGAAGGAGAAGGAGAAGGGGAAGAGGAAGAAGAAGAAGAGUGAAACAAAGCCAGAGAGAAGCAGUUUCUAAGUCUUAGUACAAAAACUAUUUCUCUAACAUUCAAAACCCCAAGAUAGUAAAAGCACCUAGUGUGAUAGAUUACCUAGUUAGGUCAUUUUAGGGUCAGUUCUUAGCAACAGCCGUUUGUACCUAGCAGUGUUAUUGAUGGGCAUUAAUUUCAGUUAAUAGGCACCUUAAGAUACUAGUACAGCUAGAUUUCAUUUUGAGAAAUCACCAGUAACUUGGCGGACCAGUUGAUUUUAAAGAUAAAGUAACCAAAAGAAGUAUUUUUCUGGGCAAAGUCACAAAUUUGAAACACUCAUGAAAAAUAAAGCCCCACGGCCCCAGGUCAGCCCAGAGGCCCCUGGAGACAGGGGUCUCUCUCCCAGCUCCUAACUCCAGAGAACUGGGUCUUCUCCAGGCUGUAGCCCUUCAGCCUGAAAGCAGUUGAGCCGUUUUAAUUUACGAGGCACAUUUUACUCCAAACUAUACUGUAGACAUUCAGACUUUUCAUUCCCCCUUCUGCCUGCCUGUUUUUCUGGAUCUGAGCUUGCCAUGAGUUUAAGCACUAAAGACAUUACACUUAGAUUCUGAAGACAGGCCCCCUGCUCAGAGAAGGCUGGCUUCCUUAGGAAGAUAAAAACUCCUCCUAAAAUCAGUAGGCAAUCUAAACUUAUCCCCUCUUUGCAGGUAUCUAGCAGCUUCAGACAUUUUUAUAAGAACUCGUGGGGGAAAAUAUCCUUGCUAAUGUGCUUUUCUUCUGAAACCAGGAGUCAUAUUUGUGCUGUUAGAGACUAUCAGCUCUGCAUGUGUGGUAAAGAUUUUUGUGUUUGUAUGAAAACCAGUUUGCUGAAAAGUUAGUCUUAUUUAUUGGCCACCAUGAAACAUUUCAGCUGAUGAAGAGCUAUAGGACUCUACAUACUUUGGAGUCUCCUUCAGGAUAGUCUGAGUUUGACACACCUUCAUUCUAAACACCCUCAGAGAACUCUACCUACCCUAUAGAUUCCACGAUGUUUUUUUUUUUCUUGAAUGUGCAUCAAACAUGCCUUGCUCCCAACCUCAAAAUAUAUUCUCAGACCCAAUAAAUGCAUCAGACGUGCAUCCUUAGGAACUUUUAACUUUCUUUCACUACAUUGGCACUUAAAUUUUUCUUUAUAAAACUUUUUGAAGGUCUUAAACAAAGACCAUAAACUGAUAUGCCUAAUACAUUUUCUGUGUGUGUGUGCGUGUGUGUGUGUGUGUGUGUGUGUGUGUGUGUACCAUUCCAAAUGUUUUAUUCUUGUCCACUGUUUGUAAAGUGCAGCGAUUUAAUAUUUCAAGGGACUUUUUAAUAGUUCCUCAAGAAUCGAUCUUAAAUUACUUCAGUGCAAUCCUACACAGUAUCAGCACUAAAAUUUUGCUAUUACUUAGUCUUAUGUUAUCUUCCAUUCUAUCUUAUCUGCUUUUUGCUGCUAAUUUCAGAUUGUCAGUAUUUUCCUUUUUGCUUUUUAAACAGUUACAAUAUUUUUCAUAAUAGCCACACUUUUGCCACAGUUUAUAAUAACAAAGGGUUUUUAAUUUGAUUUAGAGUAUUCAGAGCUUGUCUUCAUCACUUUGUGUUUAGACUAUAAUCUUGGGGUGUGUGUGUGUUGUAUGUGUGUGUGCAUGUGUGGUGUGUACGUUUGUUUACAGGUUUUUGAUGCCUUCUUGAAAUUGUGUUAAUGUUCUCCCAGUUUAUUAUGCCAUCAGAAUGGUAAAUGAGAACACUACAACUGUAGUUAGCUCACAAUUUUUAAAUAAAGGAUACCACAAUGCA